AUGGCAGGCCCUAAGAUUGCCUGCAUUGGAGUCAUCGGGAAAGCGGAUGCCCCCCUUCACAUUUCCCUGUUCCCCCCGUACUCAGAUUCCAGCAUCGAAUUCUCCUUUCUUCUAAAUUCAUGUCUUGAUAUCUUUGAGAUUCGGGGCAAGCAAACCUCUGUUGAUCAGGAUCUGGGCUUGCUUCACGCAAUUGACGAGAGACUUGCCGCCUAUGGCUGGUUAACUACAACGGGCGUCAAACUGGUGAUCAUUGUGGAUCUGUUCGGGCAAGAGGAAGCUGGAAAACCAACAGGCCCUGCGAUCAGUGGCUUAAGGGACUCCGAGUUAAAACCAGCAUUUCGAGCAUUGCAAAGUGCAUAUAUCCAGCUGCUGCAGAAUCCCUUCUACUCCCCAGAUGACCAUGCCCCUGUCUCUGGAAACACUGCCGCGUCCCCGUCCACCUGCCAGCCCAUUUUUAACCCGAAAUUCAUUGCACAUGUCAAGCGUAUCGGGGAAUCAUGGGCUCCUGGCAAGGUUUCAUAG